AUGUGUCCGUCUCCCGCGUCGGUGCCCGCGCGUGACGCCGCGUUGGUGUCCGGCGGUGGAGACGUUUCAUCUUCACCGUGGCGGUUAGGAUUUCCCGACGAUGAAAAAUCGCGUGAUUUCUGGACGUCGCUCCGCGCGUCGGACGCGCGAUUAACGAGAAAGUGGGAAAAUUUUACCGCCUCGGGACGAGACGUUGGGAGACGCGGGGAGCUGACGCGGGCGUUCGCGAGACAGAACGGUCUGGGAGGGGAUGGACGAAGAGCGCUGUGGGUCCAGUGGAGCGGGGCGCGGACGAAGCGCGCACGAGACGGCGACGGUGGGUACGGAGGACGGCUCGAGCGCUCGAAUGAGGUAGAGAACGGUGGUGACGUACGGGAGUGCUUCGAGCAGAUCGAUCUGGAUCUACCGCGAACGUUUCCCGAACAUGAAAGGUUUCGCGAGCCGAACGGAGACGCGCUGGCGCCGCUGCGCAGGAUUUUGAGAGCGUUCGCGAUGGAUAAGGGGGCGAGCGGGUACGUGCAAGGGAUGAAUUACCUAGCUGGAUUUUUCUUGAUGGUGUACGGUGUCGACGCGGCGGGAGAGGAGGAUGCGUACUGGACGCUUCGAUGCGUCGUGGAGGAUUUGUUUCCUGGAUACUUUGAGCCAGGGCUCAAGGCGUUGCGAGCAGACUUAGACGAGCUCGAUCGACGGUACUCAAUAGUGUCUCCCGAAGCGCACGCAAAGCUAGAGUCAAUGGGAUUGCCGGUGAAAUAUUUCACAGCGCGCUGGUUGAUGUGUGGAUUAAUUGGGUGCGCUGCGACACCGACAGUUUUGCGUGUAUGGGACCUCGUCUUCGUCGAUAGCGACAAGCAGCCGCGCGAGACGUUAAUGCGGUGUUCUCUCGCCAUGCUCGCUCUGCAAGCACCAUUUAUGUGCGCAGCGGAAGACAUGAACUCAUGUGUGGCGUGCAUUCGAGAGGCGGGGUGGAUGGUUGACAACAUCGACGCCUACCUCCAUCGCGUGUCGGCACUUCGAGAGCAAACAUUUCCGAUAACGUCUCGGAAUCGGACGGCCGCGACGCCGUCGAGAAAGCGACGAUAUGAACCGCCUCCAACACCGGCGAGAGCGGCGAUGACACCUGUCGGGAACACGAUUUACGCCUCGCUUGUGUCCUUCUUCUCUCCGACGCCAAGCAAACAAAGCGUGCCAGCUCCGGCAUCGACGCGCACCACGGGAAUGGCACCGAAGAGGCUGUGGAGUUUCGAAGAUAAACCACUCCGCAAAACACCUCCAACGAGCGGAUUCAGACGCAUAGAUGAUGAAAAUGGCGCUGAGACGGACGAGAUCGAGAUGUCAACACCGAAACGCAAGCGCGUCAAGGAGUCGUCGAACGCGUACGCUACGAGCCCACUGUUCGCUAAAUCUCCUCUCGGGGUGAAAAAGAAACGGACGCCCAUGAAGUCUCCGAGGAAAUCGCCGCUGUCGGUCCGAUUGUAA